AUGCCAGAGUUGCCCAACACGGGCCGUCGCGUUCUCUUUCACGAUGCGAGGGCGCUGCCCGACGGCGGCAGCACGGGCCAGGCGCUCAUCGACCAUCCUCUGCUCGACAAGGUGUCCUUCACGGGCAGCUGCGCGGCGGGCCGCAGGAUGCUCGAGGCCUCGGCGAGCAAGCUGCGCCCCACGUCCCUGGAGCUCGGGGGCAAGUCCGCUUUCAUCGUCUUCGACGACGCGGAGCAAUACCUGGACGCGGUUGUUGACUGGGCCAUGCUGGGCAUCUUCUGCAACGCCGGGCAGGUCUGCUGCGCGACGAGCAGGCUCCUGGUGCAGGAGGGCAUCGAGCCGCAGCUGACCUCGCGCCUGCUGGCGGCCGCGGGGAAGAUCCGCGUGGGCGACCCCCUGGCAGAGGGCACGCAGAUGGGCCCCGCCGUGUCGCAGCAGCAGCAGCGCAAGAUCCUUGACGCUCUGCAGCAGGCCAGCAACGCCGGGUGCAAGGUGCACAGGGCGGAGCUCGAGCUGCCUGAGCACCUCAGCGGCGGUUUCUACGUGCCGCCGUCGGUGCUCACCGAGGUGCCCGUGGACUCCGCCGUGUGGACGGACGAGGGAGUGGAGUCCACACGCUGA